AUGUCAAAUGCCAGCAUCUCUCAAAGUCUGGACCAAUGCAAAGAUUACAGCGCCAACCACCGGCUGCACCUGGUUGGGUACAGCCUGAUCUUUGUGGCAGGUUUGAUGCUCAAUGCUAUGGCACUCUGGGUCUUCCUGCGCUACCUGCACCUCAAGUCUGUGGUGAGCAUCUAUAUGUUCAACCUAGCAGUAAGCGACCUGCUCUUCACACUCUCGCUGCCACUACGGCUCUAUUACUACUCCAGCCAGCACUGGCCCUUUGGCAAUUUCCUUUGCCAGGUGUCUGGCUCCCUCUUCCAGAUCAACAUGUAUGGCAGCUGCCUCUUCCUCAUGUGCAUCAACCUGGAUCGCUAUGUUGCCAUUGUCCACCCACUCCGCUGGCGCCACCUUCGGCGGCCCAAGUUGGCCCGGCUGCUCUGCCUGGUGGUGUGGGUGCUUAUCCUGGUGGGCUCUGUUCCGGCUGCUGGUGUACACAGGUCAAGUUCCUGCAUCAAAGGGAACCAGACCAUCGUUCUGUGUUUUGAAAGCUUCAGUGAUGGCCUGUGGCAGAAGGGCAUCUUCCCACUGGUCAUCCUGGCUGAAAUCCUGGGCUUCCUCUUGCCACUGACCUCUGUGACGUACUGCUCAAUUAGAAUCUUCCAGAAGCUAUGCCAGGCCAGCGAGACACAGAGCCUGCGCCAGCAGAAGACUAUCCGCCUGCUCGUGGUGAAUUUGGUAAUCUUCAUCAUCUGCUUCGUGCCCUACAACACAACUCUGGCAGCCUACGGGAUGAUAAAGGCCCAUGUGAUCCAGGCUGAGCCGCCAGUUCGGGACUCCGUGCGCCAGGUGCUUAUUGUCACAGUGCUGUUGGCCAGCAUGAACUGCUCUCUGGACCCCCUAAUUUACUACUUUAGCACUGAAGGUUUCCGUAACACCUUCAAGAAGCUCCGGCGGGGCCAGGCAUGGGACUCCGACACAGGGAUGGCCAAGACUCAGGUCACAAAGACGAAACCCUAUAGCGCACGCUCCAGUCUAGAAGCAAAGCGGUACCCAGUCCAAAACUUCAUCCUCCCCAAUGAGGACUUGCCACUGGCUCCCAUCAAAAUAUUUUUGAAUGGCCCAAUCGAGGACUCUGAAAUAUAA